CAGUCCAACCAAAACUAGCACCAAUAUUUGAAAAAAAAGAUGAAUCAGCGUAAUAAAAUAUUUAACCAUAUCUUCUUAUUCCUUUGAUACACUAUAAAAUGUUAAGAGCUUCAAGAGGUGUCUUGGUGCAGUGCGAUCCAUCAAUCAGAGCGUUGAUCUUACAAAUAGAUAAUGAAAGACCUGGUAUAGUUCUUGAAGAAUUAGAUGAUAGUCAUUUGUUAAUCAAGCAAGACAAAAUCGAUGUGGUUAAAGAUGAAUUAAAUAAAUUGUUAUCAAAGAAUAUCUACAACCCAUUUGAAGAAGAAUAAUUGUAUGACGUGGUACUUAUUAU